AUGGGCGCGGUGCUUUCUACGAAGAAAGCGACGAAAAUGGAUGUGGACAAGGUGGAGGUGGUGGAGUCGUGCAUGGUGGCACCCUGCCAGGAGACGCCUAGGAGAGGCAUGUGGCUCUCCCCGCUCGACCUCUUGCUGCUCAACAGAGGCCACACCCCCGCCGUCUACUUCUACCCGUACCGCUCCGAGCCCGGUGACUUCUUCGACGUGGCCAGGCUCAAGGCGGCGAUGGCCAAGGCACUCGUGGCUUUCUACCCCCUGGCCGGCCGCCUCGGCAUGGACGGCAUCGGCCGGGCAGAGAUCGACUGCACCGGCCAGGGCGCGCUCUUCGUCGUCGCUCGCUCGGACCUCACCAUCGACGACUUCCGCAGCUUCUUGCCGUCGCCCGAGCUGAGGACGCUCUUUGUUCCCCGCGUCGACGACCACUCGCCGUCCGUCUUGUGCGCUGUCCAGGUGACCUUCUUGAAGUGCAGCGGGGUGGCAUUAGGGACGGCCCUGCACCACGUCGCCGUCGACGCCAUCAGCGCGUUCCACUUCUUGCAGACGUGGUCUGCCUUCUCCAGGGGCGGCGGCGAGGCGGCGCUAGAGCUCCCGUUCCACGACCGCACCCUCCUCCGCGCGCGCUCCCCACCCUUGGUCCAGCCCGACGCCUUCUCGGCCUUCUGCCCCAAGCUGAACCUAUCCGUCGAGCCGUCGGAGACCAUCAUCACCCAGGCUUUCGUCGUCUCCAAGGACCAGGUCACCGCUCUCAAGCGUGCCUGCGUCGGCGGCGACGGCGGCCGCGCGAGCACGUUCUGUGCCCUGAGUGCCCACGUGUGGCGGUGCGUCUGCGUCGCCCGCCGGCUGCCACCGGACGCUACCACCCGCCUGACCUUCCCGGCCAGCGUCCGGCGCAGCAUGAGGCCACCGCUCCCGCCUGGCUACUGCGGCAACGGGAUGAUCUGGCUUGGCGCGGCUGGCAAGGUGCGAGACGUCACCUCCUCGGAGUCGGAGGACCUGGUGUUCGUGGCCGGCCAGAUCAGCAGCGCCGUCCGUCGGAUGGACGACGAGCUAGUGCGCUCGGCGUUAGACUACUUCGAGCUCACCGAGAUGGACACGACGACUAUACACACUUGA